AUGCUUGGAACCUCGGGGCUGGCCUUGCUGGCGCUGCUUAGUGUGGUGGGCUCCAGCCAGGCCAGUGGCUUCACAGAAAAGGGCCUCUCCUUGUUGAGCUACCAGCUGUGCACCUACCGUGUGACCCACACCAUACAGAAAGUGGAAGCUGUGCAGACAUCUCAUGUGACCUACGCAUCUUGUGGUGGCUGGAUCCCAUGGAGGCUGUGCCCCAAGACAGUUUACAGGACCCAGUACCUUGUGGUGGAGAUCCCUGAGCCCAGGAAUGUGACUGACUGCUGCGAGGGCUAUGAGCAGCUCGGCCUCUACUGCGUCUUAUCCCUGAAUCGGUCUGGGGAGUUUGCAUCCAGGCCCGGGAUCUGCCCAAUGGCAGGGCCAGAGCCAUCCACCUCCCUAUGCCUCCUGGACACCGACUGUCCUGGACUUCAGAAGUGCUGCUCCUGGGCAGGGGGGCGCCACUGCAUGGCUCCUGUACCCCAAGCUCCAGCAAGGCACCCGGGGAGCUCCUGGUACAACGUCACUGUGCUGGUGAAAAUGAACUUCCAGGAACUCAAGCGAGUGGACCCCAAGCUCCUGAACCACAUGCGCCUUCUACACUCCUUGGUCACCAGUGCCCUGCAACCACUGGACUCCAGCGUCCACCACCUGCACUCGGUUGGCAGGGACACCUCCACCACGGUGUCGUGGCUGCUGCUGGGCCUGCUGCAGCCCUUGCCCAUAGCCAACAUCUCUGCCAAACUGGACGACAUUAUGAAACGGGUCUAUGAAGUGAUCAACGUCCAGGUGCAAGAUGUAAACGAAUGUGCCUACGAGGAACUCAAUGCCUGCUCUGCACAGGGGCCAUGUGCAAACCUGGAGGGCUCAUAUCAGUGCAUCUGUCACCAGGCAUCGCGGGCCUUGGGUCCCCAGCGGCUGAACAACAUGUGUGAAGAUUGUCCUCCAAUCAGUGACUACAUGGUCCUCAAUGUUACCAGCAGCAGUUUUCAAGUGUCCUGGAGUUUAAACUCUACCCAGAGCCGCACGUUCCUUGUCCAGGUUUACAGGGGCAAAGAGUUAAUCAGGAGCACCAGGACCUGGGACCUGGCCAUGGUGGUGUCUGGGCUGGAGGCUGGAGUGCUGUACAAAGUGGAGAUCAGCUACCAGGGGUGUGGGGCCCAUGUCUCUGCCAUGCUGACCAUCAAAACUGACGCCCAAAUGUUUGAAGUGACGAUCAGGAUCAUGAACCGCAACUUGACGGAGGACUUACUCAAUCACAGCAGCAUCGAGUACCAGGACUUUUCCAGACAGCUGCUUCACGAGGUUGAGAAUGCCUUCCCACUGGUGGUGUCUGACUUGUACCAAAGCGGGAAGCUGAGGCUGCAGAUCGUGUCUCUCCAGGCGGGAAGUGUGGUUGUGAGACUCAGGCUCAUAGUGCACGAUCCUGUGUUUCCUGUGGGCAUCUCCACACUGUCCCCCAUGCUCCAGCCCCUGUUGGCAAGCACAGCGUUCCAGGUUGACCAGCAGGGGACGCAUGUGCAAGACUGGGACGAGUGUGUGGACAGCUCUGAGCAUGACUGCUCGCCAGCUGCACAGUGCAUCAACCUGGAGGGCUCCUACACCUGCCAGUGCCGCACAGCCAGGGAUGCCAACCCCUCCCGGGUGGGCCGAACCUGCGAGGGUGACGUGGUGAGCCCCACGGGCGGUGUGCCGUCUUCAGUGACAGGACUAUCAGACCCAGCUCUUGGCACAGGAACAACAGCCCUUGGCCCAGGGACCCCCACCUUGUCACCCAGCCCUGGAAACCCAUGGGACACCCCAGUAGCAGACCAGGCCUGGACCCCAGGGCCCCUGACCAGGAGAGGGGACAGCGGCAUGGUCAGACAAAACAGGAACAGCACAGGGCAAGGCAAGGAGGAGGAGGCACCCAGUGUGACCCCAGGCCUGGGCAUGGGACUGUGGAGCACCAGCCAGGGGAGCAUCAGCCAGGGGAGCAUCAACCAGGGGAGCACCAGCCAGGGGAGCAUCAACCAGGGGAGCACCAGCCAGGGGAGCAUCAAGCAGGGGAGCACCAGACAGGGGAAUACCAGCCAGGGGAGUACUAGCUGGUGGAGCACCAGCCAGAGGAGCAUUGACCAGGACAGCACUGACCAGGGGAGCAUCAGCCAGGAGAGCACCAACCGCACCAGCCAGGGGAGCACCAGCCAGGGGAGUAUCAGCCACAGAAGCACCUACCAGGGGAGCACUAUUAGGAUGACUGGCACUGACUCCCUUCCUAGGUCUUCGGCGCCAACCCGCAACUCCCCUCCAGGGGCCACAGAUGGUCUGCUCCCCCACCCUGGACUCUUACUGGGAAACUCCACCACAGAGCCACCUUUCUGGCCUGCUCCUAGCAAGAGCCCCACUGGCCAUAUUGUGUGGCAUGCCAGCCUCCCCACAAAGGAAACACCUCUGAACCCCACAUGGCUGUGGAAUGAAGACUCUGGACCCUCCCAUUCCACAGACCUGCCACAGAACCUUUCGCCUGCAUCUCUGGAGACCCCCGACUGUGGUCCUGUCUCUAUCGGAAAGAUCACAAUCUCCAACGUGACCAGCACCAGCUUCCACUUGGCGUGGGCAGCAGAUCUUGUGCUGAGCCCCACCUUCCAGCUGUCCCUGAUGGCUCUGCAGGGCCCUGUCAUGGUGGAGACCUAUAACACGAGCAUGUCACUGUCUGGGCUAGAGCCUGGCAUCCUACACCUCGUGGACAUUGUGGCUAGGGUGUGCGGGAAAGAAAGUGCCCGGGCUCGCCUGAAAGUGAGGACAGCAGCCCAGAAACUCAGUGGAAGAGUCAGAUUGGCAAACAUCCGUUACCUGGAAUCCUUCCGCAACACAAGCAGCCAGGAGUAUCGGGAUUUCCUAGAACUGUUCUUCAGGAUGGUGCGGGGCUCCCUGCCAGCCACCCUGCUUCAGGACAUGGACGCCGGUGGGAUCAGGAUGGAAGUCACCAGCAUCACCAACGGCAGCGUUGUCGUGGAGUUUCACUUGCUGAUUGUUGCAGACGUGGACAUCCAGGAGGUGUCUGCUGGAUUCCUCGCCGCCUUUCAGGACACGACUCUGCUGGAGGUCAUCAGAGGCGAUACCUUCAUAUGGGACUACAAUGAGUGUGAAAGGAAGGAGGACGACUGUGUGCCUGGGACAUCCUGUCGAAACACCUUUGGGGCUUUCACUUGCAGCUGUGAGGGAGGAGCCCCCAACUUCCCUGUGGAGUAUUCUGGAAGGCUCUGUGAAGGUGACUCUCCUGGCAUCAUGACCCAGGGUCCCAGCCCAAAGCAGCCCACCAGCCCAGCAGGAACCAGAGCUGCCCCCAUGCAAGGCGAUGGUCCCACCCCCCAAGACCUGCCCCCACGGCUGAGCCUGACCGGUGCAGUCAGGGUGCUCUGCGACAUUGAGAAGGUGGCUGUGGCCAUCCAGAGACGCUUCCUGCUGCAGGAGGCCGUCCCCGAGUCCUCACUGUACCUGGGACACCCCUCCUGCAACGUGAGCCACAGCAACGGCACACAUGUGCUCCUGGAGACUGGCUGGAGCGAGUGUGGGACUGUCGUGCAGAGCAACAUGACGACCACAGUGGUGAGAACCACCCUAAGGAACGACCUGUCGCCAGAUGGUGUCAUCCACUACCUGAAGAUCCUCAGCCCCAUCCACUGCGCCUUCCAGAAUGACCUCCUGACAUCCUCGGGCUACACCCCGGAGUGGGGGGUGUACACCAUCAUUGAGGACCUUCAUGGUGCCGGGAGCUUUGUCACCGAAAUGCAGUUGUUUAUAGGAGAUUCUCCCAUACCUCAGAAUUAUAGCGUGUCUGCCAGUGAUGAUGUCAAGAUCGAAGUGGGUCUCUACCGACAGAAGAGCAACCUCAAAGUGGUCCUGACAGAGUGCUGGGCAACCCCCUCCAGCAAUGCCCAGGAUCCAGUCACCUUUGGCUUCAUCAACAACAGCUGUCCGGUGCCCAACACGUACACCAGUGUGAUCGAAAACGGCAACUCCAACAAGGCCCAGUUUAAGCUGAGAAUCUUUUCCUUUAUAAACAACUCCAUCGUCUACCUGCACUGCAAACUCCGCAUCUGCAUGGAGUCUCCGGGAGCCACAUGCAAAAUAAAUUGCAAUGAUUUUCGGUUGCUGAAAAGUAGUGAAAACUCGGCCACACACCAGACAUCCUGGGGACCCCUCAUUCGGUCUGAAGGUGAGUCUCCAGGUACAGAACCAGGCUUGAGCACCGGCUACAUAGCCCUCAUUGUAGUGGUUCUUUGUGCCCUGGUGGCAGGGGUAGCUGCCCUUCUGAUCCUGCGCUACCAGAGAAUGAAUGGAAAAUACAGCUUCAGAAGCCAGUCGGGCAACUUCAGCUAUCAGGUGUUCUAUGAAUAAGCGGAGCAGGUCUACCUGAAGGUGGGUGUGA